AUGUCCAUUCCAAAGACCAUGAAAGCUGUUGUCAUCGAGGGCGACAAGGCUGUUCUCAAGGACAACGUUCCUGUGCCCAAGUUAACAGGAAGUCUCGUUCUUAUCAAGACAAAGGCUGUCGCUGGUAAUCCAACGGAUUGGAAGCACAUUAAAUACAAAAUCGGUCCUCAAGGUGCCAUUGUGGGUUGUGAUGCUGCUGGUGAAAUUGUAGCAUUGGGUCCUGACGUUGACAAGUCCAAGUUCGCUGUCGGCGACACUAUUUACUCUAUCGUGCACGGCUCCUCUGUCAAGCACCCGGGAAACGGUGCAUUUGCCGAGUACAGUGCUUUGGACUCCAAGCUAUCCUUCAAAGCUGAUUUGACGUUGAGUGGCGAAUCCCGGAUUCCUGCUGGUGUCGUGAAGUCCUUCGAGGCUGCCGCUACGUUACCAGUCUCCAUUGACACGGCAGGCGCUAUUUUACACUACAACUUUGGAAACGAGCUCAUUUGGGAGCCCGCCAAGCCUCAGCACGAUUUCCCCAUUUUAAUUUGGGGAGGUGCCACGGGUGUGGGUCAAAUGCUAAUUCAGAUUGCCAAAAAGAUCAAUGCUUACAGUAAGAUUAUCGUUGUUGCCUCCAGAAAGCACGAGGCAACUUUGAAGAAGUACGGUGCGGACGAGCUCUUCGAUUACCACGACUCCGACGUCGUGAAGCAGAUCAAAAGCAAAUACCCCAACGUGACCUACUUGGUGGAUGCUGUGUCCAACAAAGAAACUAUCCAGCAAGUGUACAGAUGCUCCGCAGAUAACGAGCCAGUUACCAUCUUACAACUCACGUUGUUGAGCGAAAAGGACAUUGCCGAGGCGGAGAGAAAGUCCAAUGUGACUAUCACAGGUACUCUGCUAUACUCUGCGACCGGUGAGGAAGUGCCCUUUGGAAGCUUGACGCUACCUGCAAACCCCGAGUACCGUGCGAAAUCGAUCGAGUUCACCAAGUUCAUCACACCCAAGAUUAAUGCUGGGGAAAUCUACCACAUUCCUGUCAAGGUGUAUCGAGGCCUGGAGAGCGUUCCCCAGCUGUUGGAUGACAUUGAGUUCAACAGAAACUCGGGAGAGAAGUUGGUUGCGACCCUCAAUUGA